AUGGCCAAUCGAGGGAUUGUUGUCUUCUCCGGAGGGAGCGCGGCGAACAAUCUAGUCGACGUCUUCAGCGCCGUUCGUGAAAGCAAGAACUGCCCACUCAGCUACAUAAUUCCCAUCAGUGAUAACGGAGGAUCUUCUUCCGAGUUAAUUCGGAUAUUCGGCGGUCCUGGCAUCGGCGAUGUUCGAAGUCGAUUAGUGCGCUUGAUCCCAGAUUCACCUACGAAUCCCGAAAGAUCAGCAAUCAAAGCACUAUUCAACCACCGACUGCCCGCCGAAGCAGGCGUCGCAACCACAGAAUGGCAAUCCAUCGUCGACGGCACAUCGGCCCUAUGGACAGCCAUCACCCCCGCCAAAAAAGAGCUCAUACGCUCCUUCUUUAACGUCCUGAAUCUUGAAAUCCUCAAGCGAGCCCGACCACCCUCCUCAACUUUCGACUUCACUUCCGCAAGCGUAGGCAACCUCUUCCUAACCGCCGCGCGACUAUUCAGCGGCAGUUUCGAAAGCGCCAUCUACCUCCUAGGCAGCAUCUGCGGCGUCCCAUCAGAUCUAGUCCGCGUAAUCCCAGCAAUCAACUCCAAUUUCUCCCAUCACAUCUCCGCCUCCCUGGCAGAUGGAACCGUCAUCGUCGGGCAGAACAGUAUCUCUCACCCAGGCGAGGCUACAGCCCUUCACCACAAGCCGGGUUCAAGACGACCGAGUCUGCUCCUCGCCGAUGGCGAUGAUGUUGACUAUACAGACUCUGAACUCUCGGACCCAAUGACCUACGAAGAAGACCAUCUCCCUGGCUCCCUAGCUACGCUCCGUAACAAGAACAUCAAGUUCAGCAAAACCGAAAACGAGGAUCUAAGCGCCAGAAUCACUCGCAUCUGGUACAUAAAUCCCUACGGCCAGGAAAUCCGCCCACCAGCCAAUCCACGCGUCCUGGAAUCAAUCAAUGAUUCCCAGGCCAUAAUCUACAGCAUCGGAUCCCUCUACACAUCCAUCAUCCCAUCCAUCGUCCUGCGCGGCGUGGGAAAAUCCAUAGUCUCAUCUCCAGCGCGCCACAAAAUCCUCAUUCUGAACGGAUCCCUCGAUCGAGAAACAGGACCUAUGUCCGCGCCAUUUGCCGCUUCCGAUUUCGUCGAAGCUAUUGUCUGUGCUGGAGAGGAAAGUCGGGGUCGCUUGCAGCAUCAGAGUCAGAGGCAGGAGCAUGGAAAUGCGCAAAGCUACUCGGAUCUGCCGUAUACGAGCUACGUGUCUCAUAUACUGCAUUUGGAGGGGCCUGGGACGCCGCUGGUUGAUCGCGAGAGGCUGGCUGAUAUGGGGAUUGAGACGCUGAGGCUUUAUGGGAGGAAGAUUAUGGGGAAGGAUGGGGUGACGGUUGUUGGCAUGCAGUAUGAUCCUAAUGCGCUCGUGCAGGCUAUUGAGGUUGUUCUGGGGAAGAAGGGGGAUGCGAUGGUUCGGGGGGCAUUGGGGAGUGGGCUUGGGAGGCGGAAUACUUUAGAUCCUGCUAGGAGAGAUAGAUAG